GAAGAGGAAGACGAUCCGCGAAGCAUAGUCGAUCAGCACCACACAAACUUCUUGAGACUGGUUGCUGAAGCUGGUCACACAAAACCGGAAGACAUCGUCGACAUGGAUCUGUAUGUCUAUGACUGCAACCCAACGAGAAUCAGCGGCAUUCAUCAAGAUUUUAUAACGGGAGCUCGACUUGACGAUCUGGUCGGGACUUACACUGCUAUCCAGGCACUUCUCAGGUCAAUCGAAGACGAGAAUUGCGUGAAAUGUGAGGAAGGGAUACGAAUUGUGGCCUGCUUUGACAGUGAGAACGCAGGUUCAAAAACAGAGAUGGGAGCAAAGUCGGCGUUUUUCGAGCACGUGUUGAGACGAAUAUCGGCGAAUUGUGAUCCAGUGGCAUUUGAGCGAGCCUGCGGCCGCAGCAUGUUGGUUGCGGUCAACCAGUUUGAUGCCACACAUCCGAACUAUCCUUCGAAAUCAGAGGAUAAUUCUCACAUAGCACUUCAUGGAGGUCCUACGAUUUGGGUCGACCCUAACCUGUCGAAGGCCACUACAAGCACAUCACUUGCCUUGAUGAAGGCAGUCGCAGCAGAGGCGAAAGUGCCGUUGCAGAUUGCAACAGGCCGUAAUGACUUCAGAGAAAGCAAAACGAUUGGGCCAAUUCUGGCCGCCUCUCUGGGAAUUCUCACAGCUGAUAUCGGUUGUCCGCAACUGGCAAUGAAUUCGGUUCGCGAGCUAAUGGGCACGAAAUGCAUCGAGGAAGCUAUAGAACUUUACACGACGUUCCUCGCUAAGAUGCACCAUACCGAUUACAACUGA